AUGCUUGCUGCUUCGCAUCUUCAAAAUUUCAUUCAAAACACAAAAUGCGAUAAGAUUCUCGAUGGGCAUUUAUUUCCGUCCAAUAAUAAUUUGGCUUUUAUCAGCAGUAAAGAUAUUGCGGUGGUAACAAUAGUUGAAGAAAUUGGCGAUAAUUAUAAACUGGUUGCACUCGGUGCAUUAAAUAAAUGCAACAAUAAUCAGUAUCUUUUACAAAUUAGACCUUUCGUUACUGUCGAAAGAAUUUUAAGUGUUCUAAUUCCAAUGCACAUCGCAUUAAUGAAAUUAAUAACCUUCAUAAGUCGGAUAUUCAGGUUAGAGGCAAGUUUCAGAGAAGAUUGCAGCAUGCUCCAAAAUGUUAUGGCUAAGGGUUAUCUCAUGAUUAAAAAGUGCGAAGAAACUUAUUUGUCAAGGUCCGUUUCGAUCGAAUCGUACACAAAUUUAGAAAAUGGCUUGGAAGAUCGACAUUUAUGUUUCAAAAUAAAAGAAGUAUACGACAAUGACGCAAACUAUUCAGGGCUUUCACCUUAUUAUGCGGUAUUUGAGGAUCGAGAACAUCAAAAUGUUUUAACACAUAUUUAUGACCAACUUGUUGAAUUUUCCUUAAGCACUAUGAAUAUGGAUCUAAUUAAAAAUAUAACAGUCGAUAUAGAAGAGUCGGAAAACUUUUAUAGUAAUCAAAAUAUAAUGAAAAUUUGGCGUGAUAAAAUUGGCAUGAUUGUGGCAGACAAAUAUAAAUAUUAUGAAAUCGAAAUUGAAAGAUCAGUCUUCAUGCAAAUCACUAAUGGUCCAAAAAAUGAUUACUCGAAGAUAAAUUAUGAAGAGGUUAAGCCAAGUAAUCAGAUUUGGGUGUACGACUACGAUUCGACAAUAACGCUCUUCAGUCGAGAGAACCAUAUUGAAAAUCUUUUAAAAAUUAAUGAAAUAAAGGGUGUUGUUGCCACAGAAUUUGGCCAACCUCGAGGCUACAUUCUCGCUUUAAAUAAUCGCAUUCUUCAGUGUUAUGCUGAUUCGACAAACAUCGCCAAAGGCUUAUUAAAUAACCUGAUGAUGAUAAUGCAUGUGAAUUCAAUAAAAAUGUUCAUCAUGGGAAAUAAGGAUGAUAACUGGAUUUGCGACGAAUUAUUAACAAAAGCAAUAUAUAUUCAGCGAAUUUAUCGAUUUCAUUCUCGAAUUUUGCCGAAUCGGAUUAAGUGGGAAAAAAUAUUUCUAUUAAAUAUCGAAAUAAGUCUAUUUUGA